CGAGCUUGUCGAUCUUGGUCGGCAAAACCGUCCCAUUUUUCGUACUUUUAAUUUUUACUUACGUGUCACUUCAUAACUUCUUAGUCAUAGAGGUUUCAUACAUUCAAAGCAAAAUCAGAAGGGCGCUCUUAAGCUCAUCAGUGUUAAUGGUGCUGUCUAGCAAUAUUGUUAUCUGUAAUGAACCAAUAAAUACUUACAAUUACUUAUUCAAAAAUAAAAGGUUACAAAAUAAUCAUUUUCAAAAAAUUAAUUUUGGAACUAGUUUUGCUUAUUUGUGUAGUAAUAGUAAAAUCAAUUCCAAUUAGUAAUUGUAAAUCUUGCAGAUGACAAUUUCUCUUUUACGUAGUCAAAAUUUAUUUGAAAUGUUUUGAGUGAAAUGUUUUAUUUUAAUUUUUAAUUUUUAAUUUAGUCUCAAAAAUGAUAAUAGGUAGUUUGAGAUUUAAAUUGAUAUUUGCAAUAGUAUUAAUUCUAUCAUUCUGGCAAAAAUCACAAUUAUGGUCCUCAUAUGCAGAAAAUACAACGGUAGAAAUGAUUUUAGAAAAUACUGAAGAAGAUAUUCAACCAAUACUGAUAACUGUAUAUUAUGAAGCACUCUCCCCAGAUUCAAGAGAUUUUAUAAUACAACAAUUAGUGCCUACAUUUGAAAGUCUUGAAGAUUAUAUUGAAGUGCAGCUGGUACCUUAUGGGAAUACAGAAACAAUUGUGACAUCUGAUGACUUUGUAUUUAAAUGUCAGCAUGGAUCACUUGAGUGUGAAGCAAAUAUAGUUCAUGCUUGUUCCAUUAAUAAAACAACAGAUUUCAAAAAGUCUUUGGAGUUGAUAGCUUGUAUGAUAAAAGAUAAUCACCAUCCUUUUGAUAUUUUGGAAAGUUGUGCUGAUGGAUUAGAUGAAUACAAGACCAUGUUGAAUUGUGCACAAUCCAAAGAAGGGAGAAGAUUGUUAGCUGAAUAUGGAGAUGUCACGAAUGAUUUAGAUCCAAAAGUCACUUAUAUUCCAACUAUUACUUUUGAUUAUGAGUUUGAUAAUCAAAUAUUGAUACUUAAAAAUCUAACGAAACAAGUAUGUCAGCGAUUGUUAUCUCCACCAGAAAUAUGUGACAGUUAAUACUUUCAAUAAUGUAUUUUAUAACUUGAAUUACUUUUGUAAGUUUUUGAACCAAGCAGCCACAUAUCCUAUUUUUAUGACCACAGAGACGGGUAGCUCAAUUAUUAUGCUUAUAUUUCAUGACUGUACAGUAUUUGUAAAAAUAAUCUUAGAACAUGUCAAAUUAUUAUUGAAUCGACAUGUUGAUAUGAUGUACUAGUAUAUUUUUAAUUAGUUUUAGUCAUAAUCUUUCAACUUUGUAAAAAAAUGAUGAGUUUAUCUAUAUGUUAUAAAUAUAUUUAAUAUCAAUUGAUCACAGUUGAUCUGUUUUGCAAAAAUUAUAUUAUUGUGAUUAGUAAGUGGCUCAUUUAAUAUGAUGCAUAAUAUUUGUUUGCUUUAUAAAAAAAUAAGACCAUUCUAAAAAAAUUAUCUUACUGGAUUGGAUAAUUGAUUAAACUGUAUUUGUGGUAUGUUAAAAGAUAAAUAAUUCAUUUUCAAUGUGAAAAAAUUAAAUUGUCAUUUAAUUCUAACAAUUUCAUUCAUUUUAAUAAUUACAAAGUAAUUUGAUAUU